ACUUAGCUGAGAUGCGAACGGUCACGAAGCGUCAACAUCUGCUGCAACUAAAGUUGUGCGUCACUUUUUUCAGCUAGUGUGAUAUUUUCUUGUUUUUCUCGCAUAUGGUCAUUCCUUGCACUUUCAAAUUCUGUAGGAACGGUAUAAAAGCAAGCCACAAUGUAAUGUCUUUGAAAAUAUCAAGUCUUUGAAUAUGGCUUCGCCAUCAGCAACCCCGUGCUCAGGGUCAAGUUCAGCAUGUAGGACUCUGCCAGGGGAGGGAAGUCAGGUCCAGCCCAAAGCUCCUCUCCUGCAGAUCCUCCGGGUUGCUGGUGCUCAGGAGGAAGUAUUUACUCUGAAGGAGGUAAUGCACUAUUUGGGCCAGUAUAUCAUGGUUAAGCAGUUAUAUGACAAACAGAGACAGCACAUUGUCCACUGUCAAGAUGAUCCACUUGGAGAGCUGCUUGAGGUGGAGAGCUUCUCUGUCAAAAGUCCUAGCCCUGUCUAUGAAAUGUUGAAGAAGAAUUUGUUUGUUUUAAACUGUUCAGACGCAGCAAAGAAUCUUUCUGUCGGCAAGGAUUCUAAUGAGCCCACAAGUGAAGAUCCUGGUCAGGUAUCCAGCAGGAUGAGUGAUGUAGGACAAGGCCUUAGUGCAGCUGGUGCAAGUGGCUGCAGUGUGCACACAGCCUCACAACGCAGACAGCGAGAUCCCGAUGAAGAUUCUUUAGAUGGCUUACCAAGAUCAGCGUGCAAGCGUCCUAAGCUGGAUGUUACUCUGGAUGAGUGGGACCUGUCUGGUCUGCCCUGGUGGUUUCUUGGGAACCUUCGAAGUAACUACAGUCGCAAGAGCAAUGGUUCAACAGACAUACACACAAAUCAACUCUCUUUGGGACAGGAUGAGGACACAGCCGUUGUGUCUGACACAACGGACGACUUGUGGUUCCUGAAUGAGGCUGAGAGCGAGCAGGUGAGCGUGGAGAUGAAGGAGGCCGUGCUGGAGCAGGGCAGUGAUGGAGACUCUCCUCAGGAUGAAGAAGAGGGGAGAAAAGACAGUAAAGAUGACAAGGAGCUCUUUCAGAUGCAAGAGGAACUGGAUGAGGACUCUCAGUGCUUGAGUGACGACACGGACACCGAAAUCUCCACACAGGAUGCAUGGCAGUGUACAGAGUGCCGUAAGUACAACACACCCCUACAGCGUUACUGUGUCCGCUGCUGGGCCCUGCGCAAGAACUGGUAUAAGGACUGCCCACGCCUGGUGCACUCUAUCUCUGUGCCCGACAUCCCCGUCUGCAGCGCGUUGCCUCACAAAGACGAAGAGGAGGAUGAUGGGAUUGACGUGCCCGACUGCCUGAGGACGGUGUCUGAUCCAGUCAUCCUGCCCUCGCAUCAGAUCUCCCGAAACCUCCCACCCACCUCCUCCAAGGGGAAAGGUCCGUGCCGAACCUUUCACAGCUCCCAGCAGAGUUCAGAGGGGGACAGCCAGGACACGCUGGAUAUGGAAACGGAGUGCAAACAAGAGGCCUUGCUCGAACCGUGCAAGCUGUGUCGCGUGCGCCCACGAAACGGCAACAUUAUCCACGGCCGCACUGCUCACAUGCUUACCUGCUUCCCCUGCGCUCGCAAGCUGCACAAGUUUCACGCGCCCUGCCCUGGUUGCGGCCAGUUCAUCCAAAAGGUCAUCAAAACCUUCAUUGCCUAAAAAAAAAAAAGGAAUGUAAACAAGCAGCUUUCAUAAACCAAACAAGAGUCAGUCAGGUUAUUCCUGCUUUUCAACUACCUGUUCCUACAUUCCUUGAGGAGUGCAACAAGUUUAGUUUAGCUGUUUUAUGUUAUAAUAACUUGUAGUGUGAAACUGUGUUUGCUUGGUUU